CUUUUAUUGAGAUUAAUUUAAAAUCAGUGCUAGUGCUGCAGCCAUGAAAGAACAAUCGCGCAGGGUUUUCUUAGCGAUCCUGGCGCUCUGCAAAAUUUUAGGCUUUGUCGAUUGCCAAACAGCAGAAAACAAUUGUGAGGAUUAUUCGCCACCGUUGUUGGAAGAACACGUCGACGUGCUGAGCGAACUGUGCAAAAUGUGCAGCUGCAAAGUGGAGGUGGAGAAACUGGCCUCGCAAAAGAGGGAGUGCGAUCUGAACAUUACGCAUUUGAUGGAAUUAAAUGAAAAUGCCAAGAAGGAACUGAAUUUGCAAAAAGAGAUUUGCGACUUUAAAAUCAAAUCUGGUCUAAAAAGAAAAUUGCAAAUGGAUGAAAAAAAUUUAUUGACACUCAGCACUGGUCGCUACUUUGUUAGCCCGCCAAGUCAAUCAGUAAACUGGUUCGAGGCCGCGAGGAUCUGCAAAACGUAUGGCAUGGAGCUCGUCAGUAUUGAGACGAAAGAGGAAAAUGAUGAAAUUAGGAAAAUGAUAGACUCGCAAUUAUAUUGGAUUUCUGGAUCCGACAUGGGCUCUGAAGGUGAAUUUUACUGGACAGGCACUGGAAGAAAAAUCGAAACUUUCACAAAUUAUCGGGAGGGCCAACCAGACAAUUAUAUGGGCAAGGAACACUGUUUGUAUCUCAAGAUGAGAAACUUUAACAUGAUGUGGAAUGAUUCAGAUUGUGAAGGGGCGAAAAUGAGAUUUAUUUGUGAGAUGCAGAUGGAGUAGUUAUGUGGAAUUUUAUUAAGUAAACCUUGUGGUACUUUCUUUAAGCUUAAGAACAAUAAAAAUUUUUUAUAUAUCUCUGAUUUUGUAUCCGUCACUUAACCAAUAUUAAACACAACACUUGACACAGAGAUCCGG